ACUUAUAUCAUGUUAUCCAAGUAUCCAACCCACUUCUCUCUAUAUAUAACUAGUGUUCUGGUGUCUGUUAUUAGCACAGCACACAAACACAACAUAACAUGGGUGGUUUAGGAGGAACGACUAGCGUAAGCCCCUUCUGGCUAUGGAUUCCUGCUUUCAUCACUGUUGUUGUUGCUGUAAGUGUAGCAUCAGCUGAGCUCCAACGCUUUGACCACCCUUCUGGCAAAGCAGAUGCCUCUCUCAGCUUCCUCGUCAUUGGAGACUGGGGAAGGAAAGGAACCUACAACCAAUCUCAAGUUGCUUAUCAGAUGGGAAGGGUUGCUGACAAGUUAAGCAUUGACUUUGUGGUAUCAACCGGAGAUAACUUCUACGAUGAUGGAUUGACCGGUAUACAUGACCCUGCAUUUCAAUAUUCCUUCUCAGAUAUCUACACUGCCAACAGCCUUCAAAAGCAAUGGUAUAAUGUCUUGGGCAACCAUGACUACAGGGGGGAUGUUGAAGCUCAAUUAAAUCCAAUUCUUCAGAAUAUUGAUCACAGAUGGUUUUGCCAAAGAUCUUUUAUCGUUCACACAGAAAUCGCCGAGUUCUUCUUUGUGGAUACAACUCCUUUUGUGGACAAGUACUUUUUGAAGCCAAAGGAUCACAAGUAUGAUUGGAGAGGUGUACUUCCAAGGAAGAAAUAUUUAUCAAACCUCUUGAAGGAUCUGGAAACAUCAUUAAGGGAUUCUACUGCCAAGUGGAAGAUUGUUGUGGGACAUCAUCCUGUGCGAAGCAUAGGACACCACGGCGACACGAAAGAACUCUUACCACACCUACUGCCAAUCCUUGAGGCCAACAAUGUUGAUAUGUACAUGAACGGGCACGACCAUUGCUUGGAACACAUAAGUAGCACCAGCAGCCAAAUACAGUUCUUAACUAGUGGUGGAGGUUCAAAGGCAUGGAAAGGAGACAUUGAUAAAAAUGGGGGAGAUGGGGUAAAGUUUUACUAUGAUGGUCAAGGAUUUAUGUCUGUUGAACUUGACCACAUGAAUGCCAAAGUUGUCUAUUAUGAUGUUUUUGGCAAAGUGUUGCAUGUUGUGAAUCUGUCCAAGGGGUUACAUUAUGCAAUAUAAGUUAGGCUGUCGAAUCCGCAUCUAGAUAAUCUAAGGAGGUUCCUAAUCUAAAUAAGUUGGGGAAAUUUGUGAAAUCAGGACGCUUUAAGAAUGAUAUUAACUAGCUUAAUAAUGAAUUAUACAUGUGUGUAUAUUAUUCAAAGAAGCAACACAACAUCAGCGGGAUGCAUUGAAAACUUCCAUUCCAAAUAUCCAGAGAAUGCUUCUGUGAUCAUAGUCUGUGGGGGUUUUACUGUACCACAGCAUAUAUAUUGUCUAAGGAGUAAGGACGUAUCACAUAGCUUGCAUAUCCAAAUCCUGUGAUUGAUAUGCAGCUGAAGAAUGAAGACUCUAGGAUAUUGGGACAUAUAAUUAUAUUCUAUAGCAUUUGUUCAUUAGAACUGUGAUGUCAUCCAAAAUUACUGUCAGAUUACAUGACAUGUAUUUUUUGGCAAUUCAGCCUUUUAUUUAAAACUAAAUAAUCUAAUGGUUCCAGUAGUCGUGUUACAGUA